UGAAUCUCCCGCAAGGAGGGGCUCCGCAACACGCGGUCGGAAGCGGAAGGCGAGUGUCUCCAGGGCGCACGCGGGACUACGCCAACAUCUUCCACCGGCUCGCAGCACCCAGGGUCGAAACAAACUCUCAGCUCACCAACAAAAGUUUCACAAGGAGAAGAGUUCCUGGAAACCUCAGAAAUCACCCUAGCCUCUCGGAGACUUGCAGAUCCAAGGUGGAUGGGACUUCCUCAGGCUGCCCUCGACUGUGUCCCACUCAGCUGCACUCUCUACUCCCAGUUCCAGAACUCACCGGAACUCAGUUCCAGCAUCUUUCAGGCGGACACCGUUGCCAUGAUAAAAGAACAAUGGAGGCAUUCAUGGCUGAAGGGAGGUGACCAGGAUGGGCUAUUCAGCCCUAGCCACAACAACCUUGCUGCUGCUCCUGGCAAUUGCUGCUACGCUGGCAGACGUGGCUGAGAACAGGACCCGAAUAUGCCAGCCUGCACCACUCUGGAAGAUCAAUGGGGUGGCCCCCAUGGCUGGGAUGGAGGGCCAAGUGACAGUGGUGGCACUGUUGAAAGCCAGCUGACAGUUCUGUCUCAAGCAGGCCGCCAGCCUUGGCAGCUUGCAGAGGAAACUGUCCCUUGAAGGAGUGACCAAUGUCAGCUUCAUGAUUGUGAAUGAGAAGACUCCUUUCUCCAGGGCUAUGUACUGGGAGCUCAAACGGCAUGCCCCAGAGGGAGUCCCUGUUUACCAGCAGCAGAUUCUGGAGCCUGACGUCUGGCAAAUUCUAGACGGGGACAAGGAUGACUUCCUGAUCUAUGACAGGUGCAGCAGGCUGGCUUUCCACAUCCAGCUGCCAUACAGUUUUCUGCACUUGCCCUAUGUUGAAGCAGCCGUGCGGUACACACACAGCAAAGACUACUGCGGCAAUUGUUCCUGGUACCCCUCUAACAGCAGCCAGGAGGUGAAUAAGACAGCAAGUACUAACGUGACGACAACUGAGGCAUCUGGACACAAAGAGAAGCACCUGGAAGAACCCAAGUACCAUCACGAUGAGCCAAGCCAAAAAGCACCUAACACCAAGCACACAGCCCAUCACUAUUCACAUCAUGGAGGAGUCGGCAACCAUAAAGCCUUGGGUUUGAGCAGUACACACCAGCCAGUUCUCCACUCUCAGAAUCGCUCACAGAAGCAUCAGACAAGGGAAUCCCCAUAAAACAUUUAAACUUCAAUGUAUGCAACACCCAACUGUUAGCCAUAAGCACAUUCAGCACUAAGCAAGCUUUUAAGAAGAGCCAGGGGGCAAACUUACAUGCAUCAGAAGGAAGAAAUAUGAUGUCUCAGUUUUCAGCAGAGGAAGGGAAGUGAAUGUUCCACUCCCUAAACGUUCAAGGUCUCUCAACAGAUAGCAGAGGACACAGCACAAACUUUUGUUGUGUCAUAUAUGUAAUUGGAAAGUUUAACUGCUUGUCCACAAUGAGACCUCUGUCCUCAUUUUGAAUCUGUCUCC